GAUACUUUAUACGUGUCCACUAACAAUUAGCUCAACAAGCUCACUUAUUUAAAAAAAUCUUCUGUCGCCGUUCCUUUCACCGGUCGAUUAAACACCCCCUUUAAACACGGGCCUGAAUAAAGCUCUUCCCCUUCUCACUCUCCUGUUUUUUUUUCCUUCCCUCUCAUCUCAAUCAUCGCCGGAACAUAAAAAUGUCCGAAGAAUUCGCUGUCCGAGUAGAGCAAGGUCUCAAGCUCUCACGACGUAUAUACUACGGCAAAGGCAUCGCUCCUCCCGUAGUCCCGGAUCCUCAGUCCUCGCCGGAGAAUUUUCUCCCGACGGCGAUUACCGCCUACGCUUCAAUCACAGAUCCGGUGGCCGUGGAUAACCCCGACGUCCCUAGCUACCAGCCGUACGUGCACGCACGUUGCGACCCGUCGGCGCUCGUGCCUCUUCAGAUGCUCGGGAUAGAGAUGAGAGUAGAUUGCUGGCUCGACACGGCGUUCGUCACCGUCACCGGACGGUGGCGCGUUCACUGCGUUAUGCCUAGUAAACGCUUUGACUGCUGCAUCGCUGUUCCCACGGGGGAGAAGGGGACACUUUUAAGUGCUGAGAUUGAUGUUCUGAGCAAUGAGAAGACUUACAAGACCAAACUAGUUACAGAGGAAGAAGCUUGCGACAUUGAUAAUGUCCACAAAGACAAAGAUUCACGUUUUUUGAAGUCUCAAAUCUUUACUUUCAAGAUCCCACAUGUUAGUGGAGGAUCAAUCUUUUCUGUUAAUGUGAAUUGGUCACAGAAACUGGUCUACAAAGACGGCAAGUUUCAUCUCAAUGUGCCUUUUAGAUUCCCUGCUUAUGUGACUCCUGUAGGCAAGGAGAUUACUAAGCGAGAAAAGAUUGUGUUGAACAUGAAUUCUUGUGUUAAUGGUGGUGAAGUAGCCUGCAGUUAUUCAAGCCAUCCUUUAAAGGUUAUUCACCGUGAAUCCGGUAAAUUAAGCUGUGAGUAUGAAGCUGAAGUACCUUCUUGGUCAAGGGUUGAUUUUGAUGUUUCAUUCAAUGUUUCCUCUGGUGAUCUGAGUGGUCAUGUUUUGGUUAAGUCUCCAUCUCCAUGGGAUUCAGAUGACAGAGGGAUGUUCUGUUUGUACCUAUUCCCUGGAACCACCAAGCAUAAGCAGAUUUUCAGACGAAGGGUUGUGUUUGUGAUCGACAUAAGUGGAAGCAUGAAAUGGAAGCCGCUCGAGGAUGUAAAGAAAGCCUUGUUAGAGUCUUUGGCUAAGCUAGAACCUGAAGAUGUGUUCAACAUAAUCGCCUUCAAUGACAAUAUUCUAGAAUUCUCAACUAAGAUGGAGUUUGCAACUGAUGAGACUAUCUCUGCUGUGACUGAAUGGCUCGAUAGUAAUUUAAUUGCAAGUGGUGGAACAAACAUGUUACUUCCCCUGAUACAGGCAGUGAAGUUGCUUGAAGGAAGCAAGGUUGGAGUGCCUCUUGUAUACCUUGUCACUGAUGGAUCUGUUGAAAACGAGAGAGAGAUAUGUAAUGCCAUGAAAGAAUGUUGUAGUGGACACGAAAAAUCGAUAUCUCCUAGGAUAUCUACCUUUGGCAUUGGUUCGUUUUGCAACCAUUACUUCUUGCAAAUGCUAGCACGGAUAGGGAAUGGUUACUAUGAUGGUACAAACAAUACAGAUUCAUUUGAGCAUCAAAUGAGUAGACUAUUCGAUUCUGCUUCUUCUACAAUCGUAGCCAAUACGACUUUUGAUGCUCUCAAACUCCUCCGCUCAGUUGAGUUGUUUCCUUCUCAGAUUCCAGACAUAACGCUUGGUCAACCAUUGAUCUUGUCUGGAAGGUACAAAGGACAGUUCCCUGAUGAAGUUGAACUCAGAGGCACACUGGCUGAUAUGAGCUGUUUUACUAUUGAGUUAACAGUGGAGAAAGCUAAAGACAUUCCUCUGGACAAGGUUCUUGCGAGGAGACAAAUAGAUGAACUCACAGCUCAAGCUUGGUUCGAAGACAAGAAAGAGCUACAAGAUAAGGUCAUGAGAUUGAGUAUACAAACAGGGUUUCCUAGCGAAUACACGCAGAUGGUUUUAUCACUCAAGGACAACGACGAAGAGAAGACUAUAGAGAGACCAGUUUCAAUCAAAGAAAUACUUAGGAACCCAUCAUACCAAAUCCAAAAGCAGAUGAGUAGAAACAUAGAGAGAACAAGUUUGCUUGGGAAACAAGGGUUUGGGUUCGGUAACUUGGCUGCCACGUUAAAGAACAUUCCACCGUGGAUGGAGGAGCCUAAAGAGCCGGAAGGAGCAGAGAUUCUGAUAAGAGCGGCGUCAGGAGUGGUGGAUCGUGUCUGCUGUAUGUGUUGCUUGCAGUGCCUUUCUAGGGUUAGCGAUCAGUGCACCAUCGUCUUCUCUCAGAUAUGUGCAGCAUUGGCUUGCUUCCAGUGUCUUGGUUGCUGUUUCGAAGUAUGUGGAUGUCUGGACCUCUAAGAAAGCAGGUCACUGUAAGGAGAAAAAAAUAUACUCAAGAAUAUUUUAAGGAGAUUGUAAAAUUCAAUAAUGAAUUUACAAUCUUUGCAAAGGCUAAAAUAAUGUAGUAGUGUGUGUAAUAUAUAUAUGUGUAAUCACGUACUAAAAUUAGAGUUUUAAUGUACGUGACGUUCGAAAAUAAAAGGCUAAAUGUAUUUGACUAUUGUCAUCA